AUGCUAAUACUUGAACAAUCAAAAGCAGAAUCUGACAGUAAAGAUGGCGAUAUCUUAAAACUGAAUGACGGUGUAACUCGUUUGCAAUCGGAAUUGGAUGAACUCAGACAUAAACUUAAAGAGGAGCAAUCAAAGGUGUUUUGGCUUACAGUUGAUAGUGAACAUAGUAUCAGAAGGAAAACUCAAACCGACAAUAAAAAGACUACAGAAUUAGAGGUGGAAAACUUACGUUUUGAAGUAAGAAUUUUGAAAACUGAGAACAAGAAAUUAGAAGAGAAAAGAAGGCGAAUUUUACAGGAAAAAGAAGACUUGUCACUGAUGCAUUCAAGAGAACUAAAAUUAAGGGAGGAAGAAAUCAAAGUUCUGAUCAGAGAUAAGGAAAAGACGAAGUUGGAACUUCAAUCUCUUUAUGUUAAAAAUAAAGAAUAUGAAAAGAAUUUAAAGAAAACCAAUCAAGAUUCUGAGAUCCGAUGUCUGAAAGAUCAAGUUAAUGACCUGAAGAAAGAAAUCCACAUCUUGGAAAAGCAAGCAGACAAUUUGAGAGAAGAAAAAAUCCAAAUUCAUAGGUUCCUGUUUACAUGA